ACACACAGUAUCAAGAUGGAUAUUGAUAAUGUCUGCAGAACUGGUGUAUGCAUGGAGCUCAGGAUUCGUCUUCCAUCGCUGCGGAUGCUGGUGUAUGGGUGGGUCUUGACAUUCGUCUGUAUGAACAUCCUCCACGCCGUCACCACCAAGCAAGAGGUGUCUCCCAAGAUCCGGAAACUCCAGGCAUCAUGUGCCGAUGAGAACUCCUGCCAGGUGGCGCUGGCCAAGGAGGAACUGAAAGAGAGGCUGACACCGCUAGAAUACCAUGUGACCCAAGAACGGGGCACGGAGAGACCCUUCUCCGGGAAGUUUGUGAGCACGAAGGAUGAGGGCAUGUACAACUGCGUCGUCUGCGGCAACCCCCUCUUCUCCUCAGACACCAAAUACAACUCCCGAUCUGGGUGGCCUUCCUUCUACGAUGUCGUCAACAAGGACAGGGUGGUGCUCAAAGAUGACACGUCACAAGGUCUGAAGAAGAUGGAGGUUCGAUGUGCAGAUUGCCAGUCCCACCUCGGCCACGUGUUCGACGACGGACCCAAGCCGACCGGUGUCCGAUACUGUGUGAACUCUGUCUCAUUGGAAUUCAGGAAACACACAACUGUAUAGCACAGAGUUAUCUCCCUUGCUGAAGUCAAUCUCAGGCUCCAUGACCAUGCUACAGACAGCCAAAGCUGAUUGGACAGUUUGAAACUACUGCAUCAUGGGAUAAUAUGCAAUAUCAUUGAUAGUUUUCAAGACAUGUUUUACCAUUGUUAUGUAGCAUAAUGAGUGGAACAGAUUGUGGAUGGCGGGGUGGAGGGCACCUGUUAAUGUAACACACAAAUCUUCUGGUGACAGUGAUGGAAGACCUGAUAUUGAUUUAGUACAAACGUUUCAUCACUCAUUAUGGGAAUGUUAAUUUGCAGGCUGUUGAUAGGAACAUAUUCCAUAAAAAUACCCUGUCCUAGUCCUGAGACUAUGACUACUGAUUUAAAUUAAUUUUAAGAAAAUUUCUGGAUUUCAUCACGGACCUAUAUAUAACAAGUCCGUGAUUUCAUGAAUCUCUUUGGACUGAAAGUUAAUGAAAAUAUUCUUCUCAAUAUUUGAUACCAUGAUACUUAAUUCUGUGACAUAAGAUAACGGCAAAAACUUAUUGAACUGUGUGUUUAUGUUUAAUCAACUAGAAUUGAUAGCUUAGUUCCAUAGCAAAGUUGAAUACUAUUUGCACGACAACAUAUCUGAUCAAUCAAUCCCAUUGAGACCCCAUCUGGAUUCUCCCAAUCCCUCUCAAAAGUUGAGCACUGUAUUGUUGGCCAAAAGUUUUUCAUUUCUUGGUUAAGAGAUUUUUGUUGGUAUAUCGGACGAUGGACAGAGUGCUUAUAAGAUUUAAGAUCUGAGAGUAUAAAGUUUUAAUGAAAUUUUGAAUCAGAGUUCUGAAAUUGUAAUGAUAUUAGGCUCACCGAGGCAGUUAAUUUAAUGGCCUUAGUUCAUCAUUGUACGUACAAGUAAGAUGAAAUUGGUUGGUUUGAACAGGGAUAUUUACAAUGAGCAAUGGACAGAUUAGGUGAGAGCUUUGGUUGGUGGGAUAAUAUACUGUAGACAGUUUACGCUAGAAGUGGCUGAAGUCGCUGCAUAGCUGGGUAGUUUGAUUCUGAUUGGUGAAGAGCAAGUCACAUGACUGGAGGCGGCAGCAAGGAGAUGAGCAUCGUGAAGACACCUUCGAGGGUCAAUACAGGACGGAUGAACAUGUUGAUUUAAUUGUACAUGAUUAUUUAUUUGCAAAGAUUUUUUACAAUUUAUGUGAUUACAUUUGUUCAUGUAAAGGUAGUGAUAUUGUUUUGUUUUAUAAUUUACUUGUUUAUUUUGUUGUUACAAUUAUCGGCAUAUUUACAUGAAAUGAUAAAAAUAUGAUUUUGACUGGUAGGUUAAUUGCUUCAGUUCUUGGCAUCUCAAUCUUGAAUUCAGUUAAAACCUUUUUUUAAACAUUAUAAAGCUGCAGACUCAAAAUUUUCUAUUUAAACAAAAUAAACGUUUGUAAGAAAAAAAGAUAAUGCUGGUGUCAGUUAAAUAGCCAUAUCAACAUGGCGACUAUCUGGGAAGAGGUAGUUAUGAGAAGAUUAUUGUUAUGAACCCUUAAAAGUAAUACUACGGACAAAACCAAUACAUAUUAUUAAGGUAGUGUACGUCAUUGAUUCUCUACUUGACAGACCAGCAGUAAUACUUACACUGUCUAUUGUGCAGUCUGUGAGACACUUUGGAAGAGGAUCUUAUGCCAUAGUUCUUGGAACGUGCAGUUGAAAAUGUAAUUUUUUAUUUGCCUGAUGUAGAAAGAAUAUAUAUAUCUGGGUUUUAUUUUUCAUUUAGCCUUUUUGAACUUGUGCCUUUUUUGUUAUAUUGUUUAUUUUGCAAAUGGCUUUGUAGAUGUUUUCCUUCCAUUAUUUAUAUUGGCUGUGUUACUGCUUUGUACAUAACCUAUUAUUGCAUACUAUUAUCCUACCAACUGGUCCAAACACUUGGAACUACGUGUUGACGUCAGAUGGAAUAUAUGCCAGUCAGCUGCCAUCGGUCAGUGGUGAUGUAACAUUGGUGAUGUAAGGUGUUACCAUGGUUACACUGAAUACUUAAUGUUGCCUGGCAACACCCUCCAUGUUCACACAGAUGAGCAAGAACUGUUUGUGCAGAACAUCUGUGUGCAGGUCCAGGUGUAUGAUGCAUCAGCUUCCACACUGUGUUGUUGUGACGUUGUGACGUUGUUGUCAUGUUCAGGGUUUUACCGUGUUGUUAAACUGGGUCCAGAGCAUCCUUUACAUGUCCAGGGUCCUGGUGAGAUAUGUGAGGGGCCACACUACUUAUAAAAAAACUUAAAACAAUUAGAUAUGACGUGACAUAAAUGAUAUUGUGAUCAUGAUAAUGAACAUGUGUUUAUGAAGUGACUGGGACUUUCAAAUCAGUGAUAUAUAUGCUUGUCAUGAGAGGCGACUAAUGGGAUCGGGUUGGUCAGUCAACUCGCAGCAACGUUUGUUGUUUCUAGUAUUUUCUGGAAAAUAUUUAUAUUCCAAAACUCCCAAUUUAAUCCAAGAAUAUCAUGUCCGGCCGCUUAUUCCAGUCCAGACCGUAAAAGGUGACUAUGCUUAUCGUAAGAGGCAACAAACUGGGAUCGGGUGGUCAGGCUGGCUGACUUGGUUGAUGCAUGUCAUUGUAUCCAAAUUGCAUAGAUCGAUGCUCAUGAUAUCAUUCACUGGAUUGUCUGGUCUACACUCAAUUAUUUGCAGACUGCCGUCAUAUAGCUGGAAUAUUGCUGAGUGCGGCAUUAAAGAACAAACAAACAAAUAAACAAACCAAGAUUAAGAUUAAUAAAUUUCAUGAAAAGUGUUUACUAUUUUGUGCAUCCCAGUUCUUUAUUUUCUGUCUGUAAACCAUGCUUUUGCAUGUAAUGGAUGCAUGUUUACACAUCCUGUAAAACCCUGGACAUUGCAAGAGCGAUGAUGCUGUGAGGAUGUUGUGACACGGUGUGAGCUGUGUAUCCCAUGUCCAGUAGCCUUAUAUGGUGUGUACACGUCCUUUACACACAGCUAGCCUUACUUCUGUACACCCAGGCCAGUCCCAGCAAUAACAUGUGAUAACAUGUAUAACCCUGUGAGUUGUCUGCCCUUGAUCAUAUAUAUACACCCUGCUGUAUAUCCGUUAUAUCUCCCCGUUCGUAGACAUUAGAAGACGUUUCAGCUUUAAAUGACAUGACCAGUAAUAAUAUACGCUGUUUCAUGGUGCUACGUCAUGUUGGAUAUAUGUCUUAUAUUCCCACGUUUGAUACACUUUAUAACAGCUACAUUUAGAUACCAAAGUUAGCCUUCCUGUUUCUUCUCAAGUACGUGUCUCUGUUAUACACCAGGACAGAUUAUUGUAGUCGUUAUGUACUAUCUCAUUAACAGCUAAUCCCAAAUAAUUCGUCAUCACAAUGUAAUUUGAACAGUUUAUCAUCUGGGCCCUGUGAUUUUAGCACUUAUUCGUGUAAGUCUAUGUUAAGGUAUAUGAGUUACAGUAGACGUAGUGCUGUGAUCACUUUGUAGGACCCUGUGAUUGUCGCUCUACGACUGUCGUAAGUCUGUGUUAAAGUAUGUGAGUUACAGAAGACGUAGUGUUACAAUCACUUUGAUAAACGUGGCCCUAGUAGUUAUUGAAUAUUUUGAUACCCCUUCGAGUAAAUAGCCCAUGUUCAAAUGAGGAUAGUGAAUGGUUGAUCCUUGUGGUUGAAAUAAAUGGAGAUGGUUGACAAGGAUGGUUGAUCUACUUUUGGAUGUAGUGUAGCAAGAGACUGGUGAAGUAAGAUUAACAAUGGCUUGAUGGUAUGAAAUAGGAUGCUCAAGCAGCCACAAAUGCUGGUCCAUGGGCCCAGUCUAGGAAAGAUUUUCAUUUUCAAGGACCAGUGAAGUAUUUUGAUUAAUGUACAGACAGUCAUUUUACCAUUUGGAAAUGACAGUCUCGUACAAACUCUUACACAAAAUGUUAAAGCUAAAGAAUACUGUGUUUGUAAUUAUCAUUUAAGAAGUCUAUUGGUCAGGGCCACAAGAGAACCAACAGCAUCAAUAUAUUUUCCUAUAUAUAUCUGUUCGUUCUUUGGACUAAGUGUUGACAAGAUAGGACAAGAGCUCUUAGGGCCUUGUUCCACCAAGUGGUCCCAGAACUGGGGUGAGCCUAAUGUUUAAGUAUGGGACUUUGGAUUGUCUUAGUGAUAGGGCCUGGCUCCGAGGAUUAUGAUAGGUAUGCAUGGGGAAGUAGCCCGAGAUGGUUGCUGCAAGUCACGUCCUGACGGUGGUGUGUGUCUGGGGGUUAGGUGUCUAGUUCUCAACAGUCCAUCUACUGCACAUUUCUCCACACAGAUUGGUCUGUCUCUGGUUGCUAGGCAACAGCAUGCACAUAUUGGAGUACUUCUGAGGUUUCACUGCUGAUUUGUGGGAUCAGUGUUAAAUCCGGUGAGUUUACUGAGACAACAAUGGCCAGCAGCACAGUAGGUUUGACAGAGCUUGUUUCCCAUGGUGUCCCAGGCUGGCCUCAUCACCUGCUGGAAGCAUCCUCCGUGGGUACUGGUGGCAGGCACCUUACAUCGCAAAUAAUGCGACCAUGUAACUAUGUACUGAAUGUAUGAAUUCUUCAUCUUUAAAUGAACUUGAUAGUCUUGUGAACAUGAUGCCAACAUUUGUAUUAUUCUCCUU